ACAUUAACCGCUUCGGCGUUGGCAACCAGAGAUGUAAAUGAAAGCUCAGCAAAAACCCCAAACAAAGUAAAACCCAGAUUCUUCACUUUCUACUGGUUUCCUUUACGGCUUCACAAUAUACAAACCUAAGCUUUUCUCAGUUUUUCAUUCUUCAACAACUAUAAUAAUAAGGUUGUACAUUUCACUUGGGUAGCUUUCUGUUUUAGCGUUGGUUGAAGGGUUUUUGGAGUAAGAGUUCUUAUCAUUGUGUCAAAAUGGGGAUUAUUUCUGCAAUUCUUUUAAGAAUUGAUUAGAAUUUAGAAGCAUUUUUUGAAUGGUUUUGACUUUUGGGGUAGUCUUUUGACAUGUCUGGGUCAAAUCCAAACCAAGAUGAUGUUGGGAAGAGAAGCCUCCCUUCAUGGAUGAAUAAGGAUGAUACUUCUGUAAAGAAACCAGCUGGGGUUGGUGGAAGUGAGGAAAGUAGUGAAAGGGAAAGAUCAAAGCAAGUCAAAGGGCAUAAUAGUAAGAGAGGUUCGGGUGCCAAUGACAUGGAGACCAACAAGAAAUCUUCUGCCUCGAGUUCUGGAACUGGAAAAUUCUCCAAACUUUUGGAAGGGGUAGUGUUUGUGCUAUCUGGGUUUGUGAAUCCUGAGCGUGGCAUUUUGCGAUCGCAGGCUUUGGAGAUGGGAGCUGAGUUCCGGCCUGACUGGAACUCAGGCUGCACACUCUUAGUUUGUGCAUUUUCUAAUACCCCGAAGUUUCGACAAGUUCAGGCUGAUUGUGGGACUAUUGUUUCAAAGGAAUGGAUAUCAGAAUGUCAUUCGCAGAAGAAACUUGUGGACAUUGAAAGUUACCUCAUGCAUGCUGGGAAACCAUGGCGUAGAAGCAGUGUUGCACCUGAAACCAGUGCCGAAUUAAAAGAGUCCCCGCCUAGAAGAUUUCAGAAGAAAGAUGGAGGAUCACACUCUAAAGCAACUACGUCAGCUAUUUCGAAGAACAGAGAUUCUAAUCGUGCCAAAACACACUUAUCUCCUUCCAAAGUGAAGAAUUGGGCAAUUGAUGAUUUGGACAAUACAAUUUCCUGGCUGGAGAGUCAAGAAGAAAAACCAGAGCCGAGUGAGAUAAAGAAAAUAGCUGUCGAAGGGGUUCUAACGUGUCUGCAAGAUGCCAUUGAUGCUCUUGAACAAAAGCAGGAGGUAGGGAAAAUAAUUGAAGAAUGGAAAUUCGUCCCUCGUGUGGUGAAGGAGCUAGCGAAACUUGAGGGAAUGGGAGACAAUGACUCCUUGAUAUCAAAUGAAGAUCUUUACAAGCAAGCUAUGGAGUGCAAAAGGGCAUAUGAGAAGGAAUUUGGUAGUUUAGAAGAUGAUGAUUCGACGGAGAAGAAGAAAAAGCCCAAGACUAAUGAACAAAAGAGAGGUGAAAGAGGGACUGGGUAUGACAGUGAUGAAACUAUAGAGAUGACACCAGAGGAAAUAGAUCUUGCAUACAAUGCUGUAUCUUCUAAGCUCCAUAAAUACUAACUCAGUUACUGGACUCUCUCAUCUCGAGGAAGAAAGUCUGUAUGUUUGUUCAAUUUCCCUUGUCGUUUUUUUAGUUUUUGAAUGAAUAUAUUGUCGUUUUAGUUUUUUUUUGGUUUAAUGCAUAUAUUGUCGUUUUCUUGUC